AUGUCUAAUGCGUUCGCUUUAUCCGAUUCCUUCUUUUCUUGCACAAGACUCGCGAGUGAUAAUGAGACAACUGUGCAGAAGAUACCUAGGUGGAUGUCCACUUUUCACAACACUGCACAGAACAACCGGGAGGAAGUUAAAAUUCGAUCCAAUGAUAGCCGAGCGAGAAGGACUCUUAUGCACAUUGAAAUGCACAUCUUACGCACAUCUUACGCAUCCAUCUUUUUCAAGCAACUGCAUAGAAUUAUUCCUGUCUUCAGCAUAGAACGAUAUCUGCACAAUGCAAGUAAGGAAAACUUCCCUCCAAAGCAGUUUAAGCUGUGUGUUGAUCUGUUUGGCAGCGCCAUCCUCGGCCACCCCGGAAAAAGGUAG